AUCCUUCAGCAGCAGAAGCAGCAGAAGCAGCCUCCGCCGCCGCCGCCUGUGGAGCCGAGCUGGCCUUCCCGCUCUGCCUGAUGUCCCUGCCGGUGGUGCUGCCGGGCUCCUGCUGCCCGGUGUCCCGGCUGUCUGCGCUGGCGCCCUCCUGCUCCGCGGAGGCUCCCCCGCGCGGGUCCCGCUCCGCCCGGCCCCUCAGGCCUGCCCGCCGCUGUGCUCCCGGGGCCCCCUCUUCCUCGGGGCUGCUGCUCCUCCCGGCGCGGCCCCUGCUCUCCCUGGGGCUCCUCCAGCUCAUGCUGGGCGGCUGCAUGGUGGCGCUCAGCUUCGGGGCGCUCUCGCUCAGCAGCUCCCCGCAAGUCAAGAACUCCUGCCCCUUCUGGGCCGGCGCCUCGGUCAUUUUAUCAGGAAUUAUAGGAUUAACAACAUGGAAGAGACCAAUGAUUCUUUUGGUUAACUUGUUCGUUCUGCUUUCUGUUAUCUGUGUUCUCUUGAACCUGGCAGGAUUUAUUCUCGGAUGCCAAGGUGCUCAAUUUGUGUCCAGUGUACCUCGAUGUGAUCUGGUAGAUGUGGGUGAAAAUAAAUUUUGUUUCUGUUGUGAAGAAUUUCUACCAGCAAGAUGCACUGAGAAAGAAAACGCACUGAGGUUGUAUCCAGUGCAGUCAUGCAGUGCAGUUCACCUUCUCCUCAAGAAAGUUCUAUUUGCUCUUUGUGCUCUGAAUGCCUUGACCACAACUGUGUGUUUAGUGGCUGCAGCUCUUCGUUACCUGCAGAUAUUUGCAACAAGAAGAUCCGGCACAGAAGAACCCCAGGUUUGUGCAGAGGAAGUUGAAGAACAAGCCCAUAUUUCUGAUCCAGAAGAUUUUGUGCCACCUGUUCCACCUCCAUCUUAUUUUGCUACAUUCUACUCUUGCACACCUAGGAUGAAUCGCAGGAUGCUGGAUUCUGAUGUCAUUCCAUUACCACAUAUUUAUGGAGCCAGAAUUAAAGGGGUGGAGGUUUUCUGUCCACUGGAUCCCCCGCCUCCUUACGAAGCUGUGGUGAGCCAGAUGAAUGUGGACCAGGAAAGUACACUUCAAAGUUCAGAUGUCGCAGAAGAUUGUAAUGGCUCAUCAAGACAAAAUGAUACACAUGUAUCCCAAGAUGGAGAUGGUCUCAAUUCUUCUGCUGCAGAGACCACAUUGCAUCCAGAUCCAGGCUUGGCACCUACAGGAAGCCACAAGGGAGCCCCCAAACCUCUCAGGAAACGAUCUAAAAGUGACCCUGUGUUGCAUGGCUUUCUCUCCAGAGGUCCAGUGCUAAGCUGUGAAGCUGCCACCCAAACAGAAAUAAAGCCAGAACUGGCUGCAGUUAUUUUGCGAAAGAGCGUGAGAGCAAAGGCUUUGCGCUCCAGACCUCGGUCUUUGGUGGACUACAAAUCAUACAUAGAUACAAAGCUACUUGUGGCAAAGUUCCUGGAGCAGGCCUCAUGCAGCAUGGCCCCUGACAUCCAUGAACUAGUGGAAGACAUAAAAUCUGUUUUGAAAUCAGAUGAAGAGCACAUGGAGGAAGCCAUCACCAGUGCCAGCUUCCUGGAACAGGUAAUGACCCCUGCUCAUCCAUCAACAGCAAGAGCACACACACUGCCUUUUAGAAAGCACCCUGGACUCCUGCAUUUGGAGAGCUGUGGCGACGUGAGUACUUUUACGACGGCAGAAACCAGGCUUUUAGAGAGGAGAACUCAGAGGUCAGAGUCUGAACGGCCUCACAGCCUUAUUGGAGUUGUCCGGGAAACCGUGCUGUGAAGUGCUGUACCAGAUGCCAUGAACUCAGCAAGAAAAACCACUUUGUGAAAGCCAAGUUAAUGGGGAAAUAAUUAAUUCAGGUGUCUUUCUUCCUUGUUGCUGCUUUUGAAAAGAAUACUUGAGGAUUUUCUCAUGAGACAUUACCCCUGUGGACACUUUGGCAUAUUCUGAUGCAACAUUGUUGUUAAAAAUACAGAUAUUCAGGUGCAAUUAGUAUAUUUGAAGAGCACUUUUUGUUUUGGGAUGGAAGGACAUUAUGUGUACAUUGAUGCUUAUGAAAGAAUAUCAUUCUUUCUACUUACAUUUAUGACGUAUUGAGUAAGUGCUUUAUGCCUCUGAUGCCUGUGGUUUCACUUGUGAUAACUGUAAGACCUGCCUUGUGCUUUGUCUUUCAAAGGCUCUAUAAAGAUGAGUUAGCUCUUAUCUAGCGGCUUAAUGGAAAUUAAAGCAUUUUCCCCCUCCCUCCUACUGCAGAGACCAUUGCUUCUCUUGGUUUCAAUGGGACUUUAUACUCUUUAGAUAUCAAAGCACAGCCCGCGGCCCAGCUAUUCAGUUGGAUAACCACAUACAGUGUCAUUUUCUCAGUAAGGAGCAUGAAAUAAACGGGGGACUGUGCCCUUCAAACUUGUGACAAGCCCAGUUAUCAUUUUUGGUAAGGUGCUGCACUAACAGUCAGUUGUUCCUUUGGGUCUUGUGCUGGGAACAAGGCAGGAUAUAAAUAAAAUAAUAUAAAAUUACAAAAUGUGUCCAUUUUCUAAAAGAAACUGAAGUGAAAGAUAUUGCUUGAGGCUUGGGUCAGUGCCAUUCUCACCUGCUCCAAACCCUGCAGAGCCACAUCCUUUGUUGCUCUGUAUCAAAGAGGAAAGCUGCCCUUAUAAUGAAUGCAAGCCUGAGUGCUUGCCAGAGCACAGCUGCUCUAGUGCACACUUACUGCUCCAGAAUUAGCCUUCUCCUAAAAGCAUCUGAAUGGCCAAUAUGGAAGCCCUGGAAAAUUUGCCCCAAUUAUACAGUAUACUUAAUGGCUUUUUCAAACAUGAACACUUGCAUUUGUGUGUCAAGACAUUAUUGUAUGGGAAUGAGAGCAUUAUUGGUUUCAAAAAUGAACUUUGAAAAAGUGUGUUGUUGAAGGUUUUCAUAGUUGGAAUCACUGGAUUGCUGUGAAUUUUCAUGAUUGUAUGGCCAUGCUCCAGAAGCAUUCUCUCCUGAUGUUUCACCCACAUCUAUGGCAGGCAUUCUCAAAAGUUGAGGGAUCUGUUGGAAACUAGGCAAGUGAGGUUUAUAUAUCUCUGGAGUGUCCAGGGUGGGAGAAAGAAAAGGCAAUUACAUAGGAGCAACAUUUCCCAGCAGUCUGUGGCUUGUUCACAGAAAUAUCAAGUUAGAAUGCAUCUGCACUGUAGGACAGGCCUUAAAAACCUGUGGCCCUCCAGACAUUUGGGACUCCAACUCUCAGAAAUCUUAGCCAGCUUGUCAGGAAUUCUGGGAGCUGAAGUCCAAAACACCUGGAGGGCCACAGGUUGUGCAAGCCUGCUGUAGAAAUAAUGCAGUCUCAUACCACUUUAAUUGCCAUGAUUCAGUGCUAUAGAGCAGGGAUCCACAAACUUUUUAAGCAGAGGGCCAGGUCACAGUCCUUCAAACUGUUGGAGGGCUGGAUUAUAAUUUGAAAAAAAAAAAAAGAACAUGAAUGAAUUCCUAUGCACACUGCACUUACCUUAUUUGUAGUGCAAAAAAAAAACCCCUUAAAUACAAUACAAUUAAAAUAAAGAACAAUUGAAACAAAUAUAAGCUUAUUAGUAUUUCAGUGGGAAGUGUGGGCCUGCUUUUGGCUGCUGAGACAGGAUUCUUGUUGUUGUGGUUGUGUGCUUUCAAGUCGUUUCAGGCUUAGGUUGACCCUGAGUGAGGGCCGGGUAAAUGACCUUGGAGGGCCGUAUUCGGCCCCCGGGCCUUAGUUUGAGGACCCCUCAAAGUAUUGGGAGCUGUCUGCCAAAAAAUGCUGCUGCCUCAGCAAACUACAACUUCCAGGAGUCCAUAGCAUUGAGCCAUGGCAGAUAAAGGGGUGUCAAAAAGCUUUAAUUCUACAGUGUAGAUGAAGCUUUAUAGUUGCCUAAGUUUCUAUUACACAGUGAAUACAGUUCAUCCUGUUUGUGUUGGGUUCUCAAAGCAAGCCUUUCCUCACGGUGUGCUUUGGAAGUCUUCGAGUCCAUCCACACAGCCCCAUAUCCCAGAAUAUCAAGGCAGAAUAUCCCACAAUAUCUGCUUUGAACUGGGCUGAGUCCACACUGCUAUAUAUUCCAGUUCAAAGCAGAAAAUAUAGGAUUUUCCGCCUUGAUAUUCUGGGAUAUAGGGAUGUGUGGAAGGGCCCUCAGAAACUUUAAAAUCUUUAAGCCUUUAAAAUCUGCUAUGACCUCACUACGAUUAAUAUUUUCUAUUUGCAAAAAUAAAGAUACUUCCUUUAAAUGUUUCA